CCCGAACUGGCGGCGCGGUGUCUCUUCGCCGUUGGGUGAGGCGCAGAGGGAAGUGGAAGGCCGCCCAGGUGGGGCCGGGCGGACCUAGAGGGGUGCGUUUUAGGGACUGAAACUAGGUGCGUCUGGCUUUGGAUUGUGGUAGGAGGGAGAGCAUCCGACCCGUUUGAGACAAUGUCUUGCUAAAUUCUUGAGGCUGGACUCCAACUUGCAGCUCUCCUGCCUUGGCCUCUGAAGUCAUUGGGAUUGCAGAAAGAUGGAUACCACAAUGCUGAAUUUGCGGAAUCUGUUUGAGCAGCUUGUGCGCCGGGUGGAGAUUCUCAGUGAAGGAAAUGAACUCCAAUUCAUCCAGUUGGCGAAGGACUUUGAGGAUUUCCGGAAGAAAUGGCAGAGAACAGACCAUGAGCUGGGGAAAUACAAGGAUCUUUUGAUGAAAGCAGAGACUGAGCGUAGUGCUCUGGAUGUUAAGCUAAAGCAUGCACGAAAUCAAGUGGAUGUAGAGAUUAAACGGAGACAGCGAGCUGAGGCUGACUGUGAAAAACUGGAACGACAGAUUCAGCUGAUUCGAGAGAUGCUCAUGUGUGACACAUCUGGAAGCAUUCAACUAAGUGAGGAGCAAAAAUCAGCUUUGGCUUUUCUCAACAGAGGCCAACCAUCCAGUGGCAAUGCUGGGAACAAAAGGCUGUCAACCAUUGAUGAAUCUGGUUCAAUUUUAUCAGAUAUCAGCUUUGAUAAGACUGAUGAAUCACUGGAUUGGGAUUCUUCUUUGGUGAAGAAUUUCAAAUUGAAGAAGAGAGAAAAGAGGCGCUCCAAUAGCCGACAGUUUGUUGAUGGACCCCCUGGUCCUAUAAAGAAAACUCGUUCCAUUGGCUCCACAGUAGACCAGGGAAAUGAAUCCAUAGUUGCAAAGACUACAGUAACUGUUCCCAAUGAUGGUGGGCCCAUUGAAGCUGUGUCCACUAUUGAAACUGUGCCAUAUUUGACAAGGAGCCGAAGGAAAACAGGUACUUUACAACCUUGGAACAGUGACUCCACCCUGAGCAGUAGACCUCUGGAGCCAAGAACCGAGAAUGAGAGUUCAGGCACACCACAGAGUAAUGGAGGGAUGCGCCUGCAUGACUUUGUCUCUAAGACGGUUAUUAAACCUGAAUCCUGUGUUCCAUGUGGGAAACGGAUAAAAUUUGGCAAGCUGUCUCUGAAGUGUCGAGAUUGUCGUGUGGUUUCUCAUCCAGAAUGUCGGGACCGCUGUCCCCUUCCUUGCAUUCCUACUCUGAUAGGAACACCUGUCAAGAUUGGAGAGGGAAUGCUGGCUGAUUUUGUGUCCCAAACUUCUCCAAUGAUUCCCUCUAUUGUUGUCCACUGUGUAAAUGAAAUUGAGCAGAGAGGGCUAACUGAGACUGGCUUGUAUAGGAUCUCAGGCUGUGAUCGGACAGUAAAAGAGCUGAAAGAGAAAUUCCUCAGAGUGAAAACCGUACCCCUUCUCAGCAAAGUGGAUGAUAUCCAUGCCAUCUGUAGCCUUCUAAAAGACUUCCUUCGAAACCUCAAAGAACCCCUUCUAACCUUUAGGCUAAACAAAGCCUUUAUGGAAGCAGCAGAAAUCACAGAUGAAGAUAACAGCAUAGCUGCCAUGUACCAGGCUGUUGGUGAACUACCUCAGGCCAACAGGGAUACAUUAGCCUUCCUCAUGAUUCACUUGCAGAGAGUGGCUCAGAGUCCAAACACUAAAAUGGAUGUUACCAAUCUGGCUAAAGUCUUUGGUCCUACAAUUGUUGCCCAUGCUGUGCCCAAUCCAGACCCAGUGACAAUGUUACAGGACAUCAAACGUCAACCCAAGGUGGUAGAACGCCUGCUUUCACUGCCCCUGGAAUACUGGAGUCAGUUCAUGAUGGUGGAGCAAGAGAACAUUGAUCCUCUGCAUGUUAUUGAAAACUCAAAUGCCUUUUCAACACCACAGACACCAGAUAUUAAAGUGAGCUUACUGGGGCCCGUGACUACUCCUGAGCACCAGCUUCUCAAGACUCCAUCAUCCAGCUCCCUAUCCCAAAGAGUCCGCUCUACCCUCACCAAGAACACUCCCAGAUUUGGGAGCAAAAGCAAGUCUGCCACCAACCUAGGACGACAAGGCAACUUUUUUGCUUCUCCAAUGCUCAAGUGAAGUCACGUCUGCCUGAUACUUCCCAGCAUUUACCAACUGCAGGAAAGGGCACACCUGUACUCUCUGCUCUGCAGCCUUCUGUACUACUUUUAGCAUUCUCCAGGCUUUUAAUCAAGUUUAAUUGUGCAUGAGGGUUUUAUUAAAACUAUAUAUAUAUAUCUCCCUCUUCUCCUCCUCCAGUAACAUUUUAUCAGCACUUUGUGCUGUCGUUGUUGGGAACUUUCAGAUGGGAGAUCCCUAUAGGGGUUGAAGGAGAAAUAUGGAAUUAUGGUUCUUUUGGGGUCAGGAGGCAUCCCUUUGGCUUGAAGCCAAAUGCUGCUCCUGGAAUGACUUUUCUCUAGUGUUAUUUAACUCAUCUCCAUGAGACAAUGACAGAAACCCUGCCUCUUUGGUACGGGUAGGAAGUGAGGGGACAGGGUAAAGAAAAGAUUAGUCAGAGAAUUUAGGAUGAUUCCUUCUCAGAACCUGCAAUUUCCCUUUUCCCAUUAUGAAUUAAACUAUAGCAUGGAACCUUCAUAAAUAGGAUAGGUUGAGGACAGAACUAGUCAUGGGAGUAUGCAUAGCUUUAAUUUGGAUUGAUUAGUUCUUAAGGUCUUGAAGUGACACAACCUUGUGAAUGUGAUACUUCUUUUUAUCUCUGAUGGGUGACUUGCUGGACUUUGGGUUUUAUUGGGGUCAUAGCCAGUUUGUUGUUUUAAAGUUGAAUUCAUUCUGAUGCCUCACCCUCCCACCUUUUGUCCAGUAGAUUCCUAUUUCUAAAGGUUAGUAUGCUGUUUGUCAUCCCAGCUAACAAAUAAGAUGAGGCUGUAGGGAAGACUGUCAAUAUUUCAUGUGGCAAGAAAAACCACAGUCAUUUUUGUCUUUGCACUUUGGAUGCUAAAAUUUUUCCAUCUAUAGAAUGUUUUUGACUCAUAUUAUCCCUUGUCUGUAAGACAUAUUUGGAAAAAAGUAAAUAGCUUUUUCAAAAGAAA